AUGUUGGAUACGACCACACGACAACACCAGAACCGGGGAGGGUGGCACCCAACAUCCAGCCCACCUCACCUUACGCAACCACGCACCUACGGCAAGGUCCACGUCCCGCCUGCGCCGCCCUACGGUCGAUCAGCAACAUAUCAGUGGUCCACGGCCGAAGCCAUCUCGGAGACUCUGAGACCUUGGGGGUCGCUCUCGCCCAUCUCCACUGCCCCCGGUAGUCUGCGUCUGUCAACUGCCCGCUAG